AUGGCAACACCAACCCCUACGACCCCGGGCGACUGCCUACCGGGAAUAUUCCAGCAACUGGACUCAUUGGCCACUUGCGUUGACUCAGACUUUGACGAGAGUCUUGCCGUCCCGGAGUCCCUGUCGGUGAUCGAUGUGGACAAAAUUGUGAAUAAAGAAGAGACAGAUGCUAAUACCACUCGCGCGAGCGUACCAUUCAAAUCCAUCCACAAUCCACCCAUAAAAUUCGACUCGGUGCAUAGAAAAGUAUUUAUACCGGGCGUUGAAAUAAAGGUCAGAUUUAUAGAAAACGAAAGGAGCGUCACUACGCAUCUGCUUAAUCCUAAUUUGUAUACAAUCUUUCUCCAACAUGGCGAAUUCACAUGGACGAUUAAAAGGAGAUACAAACAUAUAUUGUAUCUGCACCAACAGUUGACUUUAUACCGCGCAUCUCUCGACAUACCAUUUCCAACAAAAACGCACAAAUGCAGAAGAGCGAGUUUCAAAAACACACUGAACACCGAGGAAAAGGCCGAGAGAAUAGCAUUAGAAGCUGUACCGAGGAACAAUCCAAAAAAAAGAGAAGGGAAGCCAAAAAAGAGGAAGGGCGCGUUGCCUAGGUUUCCAAAGAAACCAGAGGUUAUGAUCACCUAUGAAGGCAUACAAUUGAGGAUGAAACAAUUAGAAGAGUAUCUCUUCAACCUGCUUAAUAUUUCUAUUUAUAGAAAUCACCCUGAAACGGUGAAGUUCUUGGAAGUGUCCAACGUAUCGUUCAUAUCGGAGCUGGGCUCCAAAGGCAAGGAGGGCAUGAUACAGAAACGCACGGGUUCGACGCAGCCCGGCCAAGCCGGCUGCAAUUGUUUUGGACUACUGGGCACAAUGGUCUGUGUCAGAUGUCACUACUGCUGUACGGGGCUCGUGUGCGCAAAAUGGCAGGAGCGGUGGCUGUUUGUUAAAGACACGUUCUUCGGAUACAUUCGGCCGACAGAUGGCACCAUUAAAGCAAUUAUGCUGUUCGACCAAGGGUAA